UGGGCUUGAUGCCCCUCAUCCACCAACCUUCCUCCUACCUUCUUUAGUUUUAGACCCAAACCUAAUGUUGCCGAGUCGGUUUUGAAGGACGAUAGCCUAUCUUCGUCGCCUGGUAACGCUAUCGAUGCUCCGUGUAGUAGAAGUCUGAAGACCCGUUUCGUCGACAGUUUCCCCACUAUUAUUUAUAUCACAACUCGGUGUCGCCCAGUAACCCCGUGCAGCUGCAAGCAACGAGUUGGUAGUCUAAGAACGAAGCAAAAAAUCGGGUCUUCUAAAGACGCUUUCGUGGAAAGCUUGACUGUCUGUUGAAGGCGAAAUAAAUGGAAAGACACAUUGGCUGCUGAAGCCAUAGCUGUCUCGUAGAACUAACCAUCCCUAAUGGGUAACUGCUUAGGAGGGGGAGGCGGGGGAGGGGAGGUCGAACGGUUUCCAGAAUCAUCUCCAUCUCACGAAGCUCCUGUCAAAUCGAACGUGAACGGACAUGAAGCGCCAGCGCAAGCCGAGGAGCCGCCGAAACCCAAGGAGCCAGAGAAGCCUCCACCCCCUGCCCAGAACGACAACAAUGCCCUGAUGGGCUUAGACAUGCCCGCAGCGCCGUUCGAACUGCGGACGUUCAAGUUCAAGGAGCUGCACAAGGCGACGCAGGGCUUUAAGGAGCCCGACAACGUGCUCGGGGAGGGCGGGUUCGGCAAGGUGUACAAGGGGUUCCUGAAGGACUGGGAGGGCAGCAAGGAGGCCAUGCCGAUUGCGGUCAAGAAGCUCAACCCCAACAGCUUCCAGGGGCAGCAGGAGUGGCUGGCUGAGAUUCUGCUGCUGGGCCGCGUGCGACACCAGAAUCUGGUGAAGCUUCUCGGAUACUGCGCCGAGAACGGCGAGGGCAUGCUGGUAUAUGAGUUCCUUGGCAAGGGCAGCCUCGACUACCAUCUCUUCCCAGAGCCCAAGGAGGACGACCCGACCCCGCCCACCCCGCUGCCGUGGGAGGUUCGUCUGCGCAUUGCCCUGGAUGCUGCCGCUGGCCUGGCCUACCUGCACGAGAACAACGUCAUUCACCGCGACUUCAAGGCGCCCAACAUUCUGCUGGACGAUGACUGGUCCGCCAAGCUGACUGACUUCGGGUUGGCCAAGGGAGCAGACACGGACCAGACGCAUGUGACGACGCGCAUCAUGGGCACCAUGGGGUACCUGGACCCAAAGUACAUGGAGACAGGCCAGCUCACGCGCAAAUCCGAUGUGUACGCCUUCGGGGUCAUGCUGCUCGAGCUCCUCACCGGCAAACGCGCCAUGGACCAAACCCAGCAGGGGAUGCCGCCCCUCACUGCCUGGGCGCAGCAGUAUUUGAACCAGCGGAAGCCGGAUAUCGGCGCGCUGGUGGACCCGUGUCUGCUGGACCAGUUCACAACGAAGGCGGCGCAGCGGGCAGCGCACAAGCUGGCGAUCUCGGCGAAGCAUUGCAUUGAGGAGGAUCCGAACCUGCGCCCACUGAUGAGCGACAUGGUCGAGACGCUCCGCCCGCUGGUGGCCGCCGCACAGGAGCAGUCCGCUGCUGCUGCUGCGGCAGCGGGGGGGAGUGCCGAGUGACAUGAUUGGAGUUGAUCAGGGGGGUGGGGAGGAGAAGAGGGAUGGGGAUGAGCGACAUGGCUGAAACUCUCCGCCCGCUGGUGGCUGCGGCUCAGGAGCAGUCCGCUGCUUCCGCUGCUGCAAGUGCUGGAGGGGGUGCCGAGUUAGCAUCAGAAGUCAGGGGAUGGGGCGGGGAGGAGGACGGGGAUGGGUGGGAAGGGUUUGGCACACGGGUGGGUGGGUGGAGGCACGGCAUUGAGGAGGUGUCGGCUGCUGCGGCAAGUGCGGGGGGGAGCGUGGUGUGAGGUGCUGUGACUAUUAGGGUUCGUGUGGUGGGGAACCGAGAAGUGUGGCGAAGGGUGCAUUGUAAGUGGGAGCCGACGGCUGUUGAUGUGGCCGCAUCACCAGCUGGGCAGGGGAGAGGGGGGGACUGAUGCAGUUUGAUUGGGCUGCGGCCCAGGAGAAAUCAGUAGCUGCGAGGGGGUGGAGGAAAUUGAGAAUGAUGUGGAGGAAGGGAGGAUGGGUUGGGGACGGGGAAGGGGAAGGGGGGGGGAGGAAGGGGCGCACGAGGAAUGGAGAUACUUCGGUCGCUGGGGCCAGCUGCACAGGAGCAGCCGGUGCCAACAACUGCUGCUGCUGCUGCUGCUGCCGCCGCCGCCGCCGCCGCUGCCGCCGCCGCUGCUGCUGCUACUGCUGCUGGGGGAAGAUGAAAGGGUGGAGGUGCCCGGCUGUACGUUAUUUAUUGAGCCUCGUUUUUUGAAGCAUCAAAGGUCUGUCAUGGUGUCUGGAGCUCGGGAGGGUGAAGGUUCGUAUCGUAUGCUGCUUUGGCACUGACAGGCACUCAAGUGUAGAUUCUGUCCGAUGUGCGAGGGCGUGGGAACUAGUAUGCGGCAAAGCAGCUGUAUUUGGCUGAAGUGGCUUGGAGUCUCAAAGACAUGCCCCAUGGUGUUGCAGGGUCUACUGGAUCCGCUCUGCACUCUCUACUGCAGCCAUUGAGAGAGUGUAUCCUCUGCUGAUUCCUUCGGGCUGCCAGCACAGUGCCAGCACACUGCCAGCACACUGCCAGCACACUGCCAGCACACUGCCAGCACAGUGCCAGCACAGUGCCAGCGCACUGCCAGCACACUGCCAGCACACUCACUGGUGGUAGCCGUCAGAGCAGCAACUGGGGUAUGCGAUGGGCUUAUGGUGUUCAAAGUUUCCACAGCUGCUCUUGGGGCAAAUUGGAGGUCUGGACGUUUGCAAGGGUGGAGUAGAGGCAGGCAAGCUGACAAGAACUGGCCUGAAACUAGAAGAGAGCAUUAACGUGGGUUUCUUGUCCAAGCAAGGCUGCAUGGAUCUGUCAAUCGAUGCCAGUAGGUGGAUCUGUGGAUAUGGAAGUAGGUGACUAUGGUGUGGUGUGUUACUCUAGGUUUUAGUCUAGGGGUGAGGUUGAUGCUGAGCUGAUGCUAGUAGAGCUGGGGUAUCUGCUGUGCUGCAUGUGACAAUGUGCUUUGAACUGUGCUGAAGGGGUGAGAUCUGUUGCAUGCGUAAUCAACCAUGGCAAUGCAUAAGCAUCACCUAUGUUCAUUCUUAGUCAGAGGCU